AUGACGAAUCCAGAACUUCGCGCGCAGGUCAUACAUAUAUACAAGGUCAUUUCUCCCCAUUGUCGAAUUUCUCGCAGCCAGCAAGCUGAUUCCACGCCAUCGGUAGAGCUGCUCUUCCUUGGUCGCAAUUAUCCCCUAGGCUACGAAUAUUAUCGGAACAGGUUACAUAAAGCAUUUUCCAGCCAAGCGCAUCUGGAUAAUGAGGAGCAGAUCCGAAAAGGGAUUGCUAGAGCGGAAUUUGUCAAAAAGGAAAUCGAAGCAUUGUACUAUCUGAAGCGAUAUCGCACCUUGAAACAGCGCUAUGAAAAUUAA